AUGAGAGAGAAGUUCACUGAAGGCGACAACACUAACGUGUUCUGCAACGCUGCAUGCCAAGGAGCCCGCUACACUCAAGUGAAAGAAUUUUCCGACCGAUUGCAGUCUUCCCUACCAGUACAGCUGCAGUCCAUUGACAAUAUCACAGCAGCAGCACAUAAGAUGCGAGCUUUGGGAUUCCUCGCAGGACUAGGAGAUGCUGAACAUGCUAUUGGAAGCAACGACAUAGUGGGAUCGCUUGAGUUCACAAUUCCUCGAGCUGUGGAAGAUGUGAAGAAGCUGAGAGUCAACUUGAGUGAAUCCCGAGGCCCCUCAUCAGUGGCGAUCCGCGCGGUUGCUGAGGAGGUCUACCGCGAGAUGUCGGCGAUGUUCGAUGCUGCGCGGUCUAAAAUUGCUAAUGCUGGCACUGAAUAUGAGAGUAACUUCACCGCGAUGGCUAAACGGCUUGGCAGUAAGGCUCUGCAGCACUAUAAGGACGUAGACGGCAGAGCAGAGCAGAUCACUGAGUCAACUGGAAGCCCACUGGUGAAGCUGUGGAGUACAGUGUCGGUGGUCAAAGGUCUCGUUGCAUCUAUUGCAUCGGACGUCGCUGAAAGGACUAAUCGUACAUUGGAAAGAGCCAAGUCAUUGAAAAAAGCCGUGGAAACUAUGGCGCAUAAGGACGGCUUGGUACAGGAGAUCCAAUCCCAGCUCGAUCAAGAUAUGAAGGAGAUUGGUAAAGAGCCGCCAGUAGACGUUGGUUCGACCAACGUGACCAUUGGAGCUAGCACUCAACGGCUCAUGGCGGGUCUCGAGAGGGAUACGAGCAUAAAGAAGCAGCAGAUCGACGCGGAGGCGCGGGCUGCGUCGCGGAAGGCCGCAUCGGCUCUACUGGCGUCGGAGUUGGCGAUGAGAGGCAAAUCGCGGGAGGCGAAAAACGAUGCUAAAAAAGCCCUUUCGGGUUUCGCGCGUGGUAUGGUAAGGCAACAGGAGAUGGUCCGCAACACUCUCCUGGAUGGUGUCAAGGCGGCUAAGAAAGCUGAGAAGGAAAUGGAGUGGAUGGCUCGAAAUGAAGCCAGUGAAGCUGCCGCAUACAAGACCAGUAUGAAUGCUACACUCACAGCAUUCAACCGAGAUGCGAAUGCUGCCUCAGCUAACGCUGUAGGAGGCUUCUCUGAGGGGACUAAACAGGUAUCGGCGAAAAGCGCAGCUGAGGAGGAGCGUAUGGCUGCCACUGCAAAGCUGUUCGCGGACGGCCUUGAGAAAUCAAGGAGGGAAAAGGACGUGAAAAUCGCAUCGGUGGAGAAUGCCACCCGAGAGGCGACUGAGGCUAAUGAGCGCUUGGCCAGCGCUGUGCAGGCUACCGGGAGUGGUGCCAUGGACGUGACGAGGGAAGAAGCUACUAAAGCGGCAUCAGCAGCGCUGGACAGUAUUCACACUGAGGAAAAGACUGUUGGAGAGGAUGAGACUAGAUUCAGAGAGGAGGCUCGCCGGUCUGCUGCUUUGGUCAACGCCAACGAAGCCACAAUGAUGGCCAAAGUCGCGGAGUUUGACGAUGCUGCUCAACGAGAGCUGGCUGCUGAGCUUGCAGAGAUUGCGAAUAACAUGACAUCGCUAAUGUCGUCCCUUGAAGGCCAGUACCAUAGGAGCGAUGAAGAAGCUCAUCGAGCUAUCUCGACUGAUGGCGAUAAGCUGGCAACGGUUAUGAAAAGGUUGAAGGCGGCUCGGAAGGGGCUACUUGAGAUGGAGAGUAGCAAGCGCAAGAUGAGAGAGGAGAUUGGUAACUCUAGUGGGGCAGCGGGCAAGGCGCUCGAUACGUUGCGCGAUGGCUUCGAUACGGCAAUUGGGAAAAUGGCGAUGAAGAGUGCGGCGGAGGGCGCAGGUUCGAAUCUUGGCGAUGACAUCUCGAAAAUGAAAUCUGAGAGUGACCACAUCGUCGAAGAAGAGGUGGCCAGGUCUACUGAGUCGCUCAAGAGUGUCUCCGGCCAUGCAAUAGGCAUUCUUGGGAUGAUCGCUGGUGAAUUCGCGCAAGCGGCUGAAGAAUUGAAGUCGAGACGUCAACUGUUGGCACAAGAAUCAGCCAAUCUAACGGCACGAUGGGCCGUUGUUAAAGGGAGGAUAGAUCGUAACUUGGCGAAGGCUGUAUCGGCUGAUCUCGGUUUGGACCCUCGGGCGUUGGCUGUUGCUAUUGAAGGCAACAUGGAAAGGAUGCUCCUGAACUCAACGAGGGGACUGGACGAAUGGGUUCGAUCGGACGAGCAAGCGAACAGAGGGGAAGUGAAUCGGCUUACAGCAGCAACGAGUGAGAUGGAGGAUGCAGAGGACACAGCUAGCAAGACGGUGGACUCCCUGGGGAAGCUCCUGAAGAUGCCGGAGGCCGCUGAGGAUAUGAACCGGUUGAAGCUCCUCGUCGCUGGGACCUUCAAAGAGAGCGCUCCGAUGGAAGUAGCAAACAUGUUGGGUAGUAGCGAGAUGGAGCAAGAGAAGAACUUACUGAGCUUUCAGCAGACUAUAGAGGGAGAGAUCCAACAGGUUAAGGGUCCACAGGUGGGAGAGUUGAAGGAGUUCGCCGGAGGACUAUUAGUGUCUCUCGAGAAGGCCCUUCAAACGAUGGAGUCCUCGACGAGAGCUGAAAUGCAGCAUAGGAAGGAGUCGGAGGUUGGGAAAAUCAGAGGGCUGAAAGUUGGGGUCCUUGGGGCGGAGGAAAAGGAGCUCCAGGGGCUGGACACUAUCGAUGCCAAGGAUCAUGCUGGGUCUGCACAGCUGGGAGAGACGUUGGAGCGGAUGCAGAAGACGUUGAGAAUGUUAACGAACAAUAUGGAGCUGCUGAGUAGUGGUGAAGAUGAGGAGGCAGCUCGAAUGUCGAAGGAAAUGAGGUCGCGAGUGGCCAACGCUACUGAAGAAGCAUCGAAGUUGGAGCUCGAUAUUGGAGCAAUGAAGGAGGAGACGAGGAGGAGUCUGGAAGAGGACCAGCGACGAAUCCAUCAUGAGAUUGCUAAUGCAUCCAUUGAGGAGGAAGCGGGUGAGUUGGGUAAGCGUCUGGCAGACGCUCAGACCUAUGCUGUGGACGUGCUCACCAAGAGGGGCCAUGAGCUCGAGGACCAGCGGAGACAAAUAGUCGGAUAUCAAUUGAGUAUGGCUCGUGAGGAGGCCCAGACUCGCGAGUUGGAGAGGCAGAUAGCUUCGUCGUUGGCGUAG